AUGACUGACGGACAGAUGAGGGAGAGGCGGGAGGUGGCGCUCACGAUACAAGAAAACAGAGUUUCCACUGAGGAGGAGCAGCUGCCCUACCCGAACCUGGCCUCUGUAGUUUUCCGCAGCUUAACACAGACCACAAGACCCCGUAACUGGUGUUUGCAAAUCGCUUGUGGCCCUUGGAUGGAGUAUAUGUCCAUACUGAUGAUCCUGCUCAACUGUGUAAGUUUGGGCAUGUACAAGCCCGGUGAAGGGAAGAGCUACAAACUAGAGGUGUUCGAUGUCUUUGUCUUUGCAUUCUUUCUGGUGGAAAUGACCGUCAAGAUGGUGGCCUUUGGAGUCUAUGGCUACAGAAACAGCUACCUUCAAAACAAAUGGAACAAGUUGGACUUCUUUAUCAACAUUGCAGAGGCAUUUGGAUAUUUUUUCAAUAUCCUUGGCAUCGACUUUCUACUCUCUCAAGUCUUUGGACCGUUGCGACUGAUCAGCAGAGUACCAAGUAUGCGGGACGUAGUUACAGUUCUCAUAGACGUCGUGCCCAUGCUUGCAAUUGUUCUCGUCAUCUUCUUGUUUGUCAUCCACAUCUUUGCCGUGGCCGGAGUCCAGCUGUGGGCGGGCCAGCUGCGCAACCGCUGCUUCCUGGGAGACGACAUUCCCACAAAUAACAGCAUGUCCCUUAGCCCAUACUUCGAGACCCAGUUUGAUGAAAAAGUUCCGUUUGUCUGUACGCGGGAAGGCAAGAGCGGGACGCAACACUGCCGAGAUAUACCCCCUUACCAAGAGAAUGGGGGAACCUGCUCAUUGGCUGCCCCCCACAAAGCCUCAGCUGCGAAUUGGGGAAUCCCUACAGUGGCUUCACACACCUGUGUAAACUGGCACUCUUUCUACAAUGUCUGUCGUGCUAGUGAGAAAAACCCCCACCGGGGAGUGAUCAACUUCGACAACAUCUUCUACGCCUGGAUAACCAUAUUCCAGGUUGUCACACUAGAAGGAUGGGCUGAGAUCAUGUUUUUCAUAAUGGAUGCUCAUUCCUUCUUGAGUUUUUUAUUCUUCAUGCUGGUCACCGUUAUGGGCUCCUUCAUCAUAGUCAACGUCUGCGCAGUCGUCAUCGCCACCCAGUUCUUGGACAAUAUGAAACUGAAGUCAGAAGAGCCGAGUCCGGGUGCCGCGCGUAACACUCUGCCUCUGCUCUGUCGAAGGUUUGCCUGUUGGCUGCGGAGGUUCAACAGUAUUAUCACCAUUGCAGUUGAACAUCAUAAUCAGCCUCCUAAGAUGACACACGUGUUACACAUCUGUAACAUCGUUUUCACAUUUGUAUUUUUUGUGGAGAUGACGUUAAAACUGAUCGCACUCCGCUUCAAAUACUUUUUUGAUCUGAACAACAUCUUCGACUUUGCCAUUGUUAUUGUCAGUGUGUGGGAGCUAAUUGCCGAAACAGAUGGCAGGUUGUCAGUGCUGCGCGCUUUUCGUCUGCUGCGGUUUGUGAGGCUUCUUCACUUCCUCCCAUACCUACUGAGACAGCUGCUGGUGCUGAAGAGGACCAUCGCCGAGGCAGGCCCGCUCUGCAUGCUGCUGUUGCUCUUCACUUUCGUUUGCAGUGUACUGGGUAUGCAUCUGUUUGGUGGUCAAUUCAUAUUCAAGGACCCUCAAGGAGAUAUAAUCAUUGAGCGAAAAAACUUUGACACCCUGCUCUGGUCCAUGGUCACUGUGUUCCAGAUUCUGACUCAGGAGGACUGGAACCUGGUGCUGUACAACGCCAUGACGGCUACCACGCCAUGGGCUUUCCUGUACUUUGUCACCGUCAUUAUGUUAGGAAAACAUGUACUUCUCAAUAUUCUCGUGGGCAUAGUGGUUCAGAGCUUCCAGGAAAAGGAGUCCUCAGAAUGCACUCAAGACUCUUCUCGCAUUGACGAGGAUUUCAACGACUCUGUAACCAGCUUCACCUCAGAGACAGACCCCUCGAGACCCAGCCAAUCUCCCUUAACCUCUGAGAAAGACACUGAACCAGCAAAUACCCAAGAAGACAAUAAACCUUUGACCUGUAUCCAGCAAAUGCUCCACUGGUGCAAGGAACAUGAAGAGUGGGCAUUCUACGUCUUUUCUCCACAGAACAGGUUCCGAAUCUAUUGCCAACGUUUGAUCUAUCACAAGUUGUUUGACAACACGGUUCUCCUAUUCAUCCUGCUAAGCUGUGUCACCAUUGCUAUGGAGAGGCCUGGAAUACACAGUGACAGCACGGAGCGAUGGAUCCUGAAUAUGUCGCGUUACGUGUUCUCCGGUGUCUUCCUGGUAGAGAUGCUCUUUAAGGUUGUAGCUCUCGGUGUGUUCUUUGGGAAGGACAGCUACUGCAGCUCUUCCUGGAACGUCAUGGAUGGUUUGCUGGUGAUUCUGUCGGUAAUUCAUAUCAUCAUCUCUCUGGCCAGUUCGGGCGAAAACAACAUGCUGGGCAUUCUUAAAGUUUUGCGCCUGCUACGGACACUUCGCCCACUGAGGGUGAUCAAGCGGGCCCCCAAAUUGAAGCUGGCUGUGGAUGCUUUGAUCACUUCCAUCAAACCCAUCGGUAACAUAGUUUUCAUCUGCUGCACCUUCUUCUUUUUCUACAGCAUCCUUGGGGUACAGCUGUUCAAAGGGAAGUUCUUCCACUGCUUGGGUCAAUACACAAAGAACAUCACCAACAAGUCUGACUGUCUCUUAGCCAACUAUCUCUGGGUGCAAAAGCGGUACAACUUUGACAGCCUGCCUCAGGCUCUGAUGUCCCUUUUUGUGAUGUACUCAAAGGACGGAUGGGUGAACCUAAUGUAUGAUGGACUGGAUGCUGUGGGAAUAGACCAACAGCCCAUGAGAAACCAUAACCAGUGGAUGCUUGUUUUUUUCAUCACGUUCAUGGUUAUGAGCUUCUUCCUCCUCGAUAUGUUUAUCGGUGUAAUGGUGGAGACCUUCGCCCAGUGUCAGCAGCAGCAAAAAAAAGAAAAUGAAGAGGAAGCAUCACAUGACCCGAGCAGGAACAAGCCUAAGAAGAUACCUACGCAGCCUCCAUAUUACACAUGCUACUCCCCGAUGCGUCGCUCCAUACACACUCUGUGUACCAGCGACUUCAUUGACGUCUUCAUGGCCACCAUCAUUUUGAUCAGUGUCCUCAUCAUGGCCUUCCAACAUUACAAACAGCCUCUGUAUAUAGAAUUGCUCACAGAGUAUUCGUACUAUGCCUUCACUGUCCUCCUGAUCAUUGAAGUCCUCUUGAAGAUUCUGGCGUUUGGCAUACGGAGGUUCCUCCGAAACAGUUGGAAUCAUCUGGACGUGGCGGUUGUCUUGGUUUCCGUCGUCAGCAUUGUUUUCAUUGGGAUGGAAAUGGCCGACUGGAUUCCCAUUAAUCCCAGCAUCCUGAGAGUCUGUAGAGUUCUCAGGCUAGCAAAAGUGCUGAAGCACAAGAAAAUAAGAGUCCUCCUGAAAACAAUUAUCAAGACGCUGUCACAGGUUGGGAGCAUUUGUCUUCUGUUCGCUUUUUUUUUCUUUAUAUACGCUGCGCUGGGAGUGGAGCUCUUCGGCAACCUAGAUUGUACCGAAGAGAAUCCCUGCCUUGGCUUACAUCGGCAUGCUAACUUUAAGCAUUUUGGCAUGGCCCUGCUCACGCUGUACCAAGUGUGCACCGGAGACAACUGGAGCGCAAUAAUGAAGGACACUUUGAGGGAGUGUCGUCCCACCGACAUCGAUUGUGUGACCUACCUCUCCCACGUCUCCCCCAUGUUCUUCUCCUCCUUCGUGGUCAUGGCCCAGUUUGUACUGGUCAACCUGGUGGUGGCAGCCAUAAUGCAGGCUCUGGAGGACAGCAACGAGAGCAACCCAACUAAUUUCUGUCUCCCCCUGGAGGAGGAGGAGGACGAGGAGGAGGAGGAGGAGGAGGAGGAGCCGUCGGACAAUGCAGGCACGAGUCUCCAGGGCAGUGUUGGUGUUUUAAGUAAUGAGUGAAUAUUUGUAAAUGUGAUUACUUGAAGUUUGAUUCUUUGUUUCUGUACCUUUUUUUUAUAACAUGAAUAAAUAGAACAGACUUGAUUUCCACAUGGA